GAUUUGAUUUGAUUUGACAGGAAAAAAGAAAGCAGCUCUAGCCAUCUUAAAUGGCUUGCUAGCUGUUCCUGUUCUUCUCCGAUCUUUCCUCCACUUCUUCCGAUCCUCUCUGGCUAAUUACAAUUAAUUUUUUUUUUGUUCUUCCCGUUGUACGAUCAUUAUUCUUGAUUAUCUUUUCCAUUUAUUUUCCUUUUUUUUCUUGAUUUUCUUCCUUCGUUCGUUGCUAUAAGCCUACGAGGAAGGCAACGGCAGAGAUGGAGGAAUUGUACGGCGGCAGCAGCACAGGGAGCCGGAGGCCGUUCCUUUACCUUCCCACGUUCACUGCUCCGCCGCCUCAAGGCUACCACUACUACACCUGCACCUCCUCCUCCGCUUCCUCCUCCUCUCCUCAGUCCCACCUCCAAGCCCCGCCGCCGCCGCCACCGCCGCAUGGGCCGUCUCCAAUCUCCCACGGCGGCACGGAGGAGAUCAAGGCGAGGAUCAUGUCGCACCCCAAGUACUCCGACCUCCUCGCAGCUUUCACGGACUGCCAAAAGGUCGGCGCGCCGCCGGAGGUGGUGGCAAGGCUGUCGGCCAUGCUUCAUCAGCUCGCUCUGGACCACCCCGCCGCCGGCCACAACCGCCACGCUUCCCCCGACCCGGAGCUGGACCAGUUCAUGGACUUGUACUGCCACGCGCUCACCCAAUACCGGCAAGAGCUCACCAGGCCAUUGCAGGAGGCCAAGGACUUCCUCCACGAGAUCGAGUCCCAGUUCAACGAUCUGCUCACCAAUGCUUCCACACGACUCCUCCUCUCCGCUGAAAAAUGUGAAGGGGUUGGUUCCUCCGAUGAGGACCAGGAUGGCAACAGUGGCCGCGAGACCGAUCCUCAAGACAUGGAUCCUACUGAGGACAAAGAGCUGAAGCAGCGCCUGUUAAAAAAGUAUGGUGGCUACUUGAGUGGCCUCAGGCAAGAACUAUCCAAAAAAAAGAAGAAAGGGAAGCUCCCAAAGGAUGCCCGGCAGAAGCUCCUCAACUGGUGGGAGCUGCACCACAAAUGGCCAUAUCCAUCAGAAACAGAGAAGGUUGCAUUGGCCGAGUCCACCGGCCUCGAUCAGAAACAAAUCAACAACUGGUUCAUAAACCAAAGGAAAAGACAUUGGAAACCAUCUGAAGACAUGCAGCUGUUUGUGAUGGAUGGCUACCAUCCUCAGACUGCUACUACUACUUCUCCUGCUGCUGGUCUCUACAGUGUGGAUGGACAAUUCAUGGGUGCUGAAGGCAUGUACCGCUUUGGGCCAUGAUUCCAAAGCUCUUUGAAAGCAUUAUCGAAACAUCAGGACAAUGAAAUCAAAUCGGAGUUUCAGUCUCAGUUCGCCAAUGGUUUGCCUCCUAUAUUUUUGGAUCCUGUUUCUUCAACUCUAGGUUCCAUGUUGGCUUGAUUUAUCAGUGUAAAGGAAUUGUAGAUUUGUACUAGACCUGUUCUCAAUAAUGAUCAGCUGAACAGAGUACUUUAUUCUCAUAACCCGAUUGGUUUAGUGUAGGAGUUGAAUUUUUGAUUAUGUGCAUAAAAACUUCAAACGGUCAAGCUGAUGAUUAUGAUAUUUUAGUUUACUCUCA